AUGGUCUCCAAGGUUCAAAAUCAAAAGACAAGAUCCAUGUUCAAGAACCUUCAAUUACUUCAUCAUCAUUCUAUCACACACUUUCAAAGGAGGCAGAAGACACUAGUGUUAUUGGAUGCUUCAGAAUACAUAAAAUUUUUAAAGCAAAGGCUUGAAGAAGAAUGGAAGCAACUAGUAGCAGCCGCAACGAUGCCUAUGCUAAAAGUUGAAGCGCAAGAAGAGAAAUUUAUGAUAAAGGUUGUGAGUGAAAGGAGUUGCAAAGGUUUGUUGGUAUUCAUACUUGAAGCCUUUGAAGAGCUUGGUCUUGAUGUGCUCCAAGCUAGGGUUUCCUGUGCUCAAAACUUCUCUCUAGAAGCAAUUGGAAUCAAAGAUAAGAAUGGUACAUGCCAUUUGGAUGAACAAGUAAUUCAAAAAGUAGUGUCUCAAGCUAUUCAAAAUUGGAGUGAAGUCACACACCAACAAUGAUCCCGUCUUGUACCACUUUGUUUCGUCCUCUCAAAUUCGUUCAGAUCAGAUGUUUACCUUUCUGAAUUAUUUUGGUAUAUUAUUAUUGCAAGAAAAUUGCCAGUUUUCCUUAUAUAAUUAGAUAUA